AUGCGCUUCCACCUGCCUACUCUCCUUGCUCUUGCCACCGCUGCAUCUGCUGAGUGGGUUAUUAGUGGAUACAGUGGUACCGGCUGCAACCCCGAUGAUGAGAUUAACGAUUGGGGAGACGACAACGAUGAUCAGAAAGUCUGCAGCAACUUCCAAGAUAACUCGGUUCCCAUACUCUCCGCUAUGGUGAACUAUACCCAGGGUUAUGCAUGGAUUUACUCGGAAUACAACUGCACAUCGUGGAACUUCGUCGCGAUGGGUGCGAAUACGUGCUAUGACUACACCGACAUCAACCUGUACGCGACCUAUGUUGGAGGAGUUGAGUACAAUGGCUUUGCCACCAGUACCUCUGAUCCAUAA